AUGUCAACCCCAACCCCAGACAACCCAACACCACCACCACCAACCACAACUACAACAACAACCACAACCACACCCUCCCAACACCAACAACCCUCCUCAUCCCGCCUCCCCGUCCAAACCCACCACUGCCGCUUCUGCAACCAUCUCCUCCUCGCCACAACACGCUCAAUCCCAUCCCUCCCGCGGCGCAAAUCCCCCGCAAAAGACGGGGCGAUAAUCCUCCCUCUUCCGCGCGACAACAGCACCGACGAUGAACAAUCGAAACAACAACAAAAACACUACACGAUUCUCCUCUCAACCACUAUCCCCGAUCGGAAACAUACCCUCGUGCGCAGGGAAGAUGGGUUCGAGAAGAGGUUGUUCCUUAGGUGUGGACGGUGUAGAGUUGUGAUGGGGUAUUUUUUGGAUGAGGUGCAUUUUGGGGGGAUGACUUCUACUAAUAGGGAAGGAGGGGAUGGGGAGGGAGAUGGGGAGGGGGAGAAGGCUAGGGUGGUGUAUUUGUUGCCUGGGGCUUUGGUGGAGACGGGGGUUAUGUUGCGGGAUGAGGAGUUGGAGAGGGUGGUGAAGGGGUUGGAUAGGGAGUGGGUGGGGUGGUUGGAGGGAUAA